AUGAGUUGGGAGUUGCUGGGAAGUAGAUUACACAUUGAUCAAGUGGAUUUAUGGAAUCAAGUUGGCAAAUUGUUAGAGGAAUCAGCACUGCAAACAGGACAAAAAGAUUGUGAAGUAACAAGUGAGUAUUAUGUAUGGUUAAUAUCAAGGAUUUUGGAAGAAGUUAAGAAGAAACCUUCAAGAGAUUCCAAGGCUGUGCAAACCGAGGAGGAUUCCAGUGAUCCAGAAAUUGAAUGUCUGAUGAAAGAGCUGGAAAUGGAGAACAAAAUAUUAGAAGAGUGUUACGAACAAAUUCCAGGACCGGGAAACUACUAUAAAGAGGAGGAUUUAAUCAUUAAAGUGUGCUGUGAAGGAGAUAGUAUUAUCUGGGAAAAUACAGAAAAUUUAAUUAAAUUGAUGAAAUUUAGAGAAGAUAAAUGUGUAAAAAAGUGUUUAAGUCUGUUAAAGAAAAGGAAUGAUCUUUACAGAAAAAUUAUAGCAGCUCAGUACCUGAGUAUAGUCUCCUUAAAACAUAUACAUUCUAAGAAUAAGAAUAAAGAGUUUGAAAGGCCUAAAUUUAAGGCCACAGAAGAAAUUGUGAAGUUAGAGAAGAGAAUAGAGGAUUUGAAGGGACAGAAUCAGAAUCUUAGUUCAAGACUAGAGUUAUACAAGUCAGAAAUUGAGAAAUUCUACCCCAAGAACAAUUCUUCCUCUCAGAAUGAAGAAAAUUUUAAUUUGUAA